AUGUUGACAACCAGAAUGCGACGGCCCGCGACACACUCAGUCCUCGCGUUUCGUCCACUCAGAAACUCGACGGCUCGCUCACUAAAUGCGCCAUGGUCCCGAUUUGCUAGCAGUCGAUCGCAAAAACCAGACCCGUCAUCACACUGGAUCCGUAAUUCUCUCGGAUUUGCUGUGACAGGAACUGCAGUCUUUUUGGGGUACUCAUACAUGGCUGAUGGUGGAAAGGAGGCUUGGAUGAGUCACCCGGAGGUUACGAAGAAAGAGCCUGUUGAUGUCAACGAUCUCCAAGCUCAGUUCAUUCAAGAAAAACGAAGCCUGAAAAGCCCAGCUGUCUACACAUGGGGGUCGAACGUCUAUCGUGUGGUGGAUCCAGGAUCUAAAGAUACCGACAUCAAGACUCCUCGGCGCUUCAAAUACUUUGAUGGCCAGGUGCUGAGAGAUCUCAAGAUCGACGAAAGGUCCGGUGCAGCAAUCACCGAGAAGGGAGAUCUGGUGCAAUGGGGCCAGGCGUUCUCAGAGUCGGACUUCAAACCGACGGCGACUCUGACCGGCAAGAAUCUCGUCUCACUCGCUCUGUCCGAAAGUCGAAUCAUUGCGUUAUCCUCAGAUGGGACUGUAUACUCACUGCCGAUAUCCAAGGACGAGCAAAGCACCGGCCCAAAGACAACGGAAAGCUCUUGGGUUCCGUACUGGCCCAAUCAGUCUAAUCUGAGCUACCGUGUACUGAACCCAUCUUUGAAGCUUGGCGAAAAGGUUACUGCAAUUAGUGGAGGACAGGAGCAUGUGCUGCUUCUCACAAGCUCUGGUCGAGUAUUCUCUGCAGCGUCAUCCACCGAAAAUUACCCUUCACUAGGUCAACUCGGUGUGGAGGGACUUACCUGGUCCACCAGACCCAAGGGGCCAGCAGAUACCUGUCAUGAAGUUACAGCUCUCAGAGACUCUAAGAUUCUUCAGAUUGCCUGCGGCGACUACCACUCAUUGGCGCUAAGCAAAGAUGGCCGUAUGUUUGGCUUUGGCGACAACUCAUUUGGUCAACUGGGUGUGGAUUUUGAACCCCAGAGGCCUUUCAAGGAUGUUCCUUUCCAUAUGAAAGUUCAAAAACUCUAUAGAAGAAACCUCUAUCUGGCCAAGGUUACUAGCAUUGCUGCUGGUGGCGCCAACACCUUCUUCUCCGUCGAUGCUAAGCGCAUUCUGGGGUACGAAGAAGAGGCGGCCAAUGUCCACGAUCUUGGGAAAUUAACUGCAGACACAUGGGCCUGUGGCAGGGGAAUUUGGGGUACUCUCGGCAAUGGCAGAUGGGUUCACCUGCAGGAUUCGCCCACCAAAGUGAAAGCUCUAAGUGGUAUGAGCGAGUAUGACGAGAAGACAAAACAAAUGACCCCUAUUCGCAUUCGGGCCAUGUCUGUCGGUACAACACAUGUCUCUGCUGUCUUGGACAACAAGACCAAUGUCAGCAAAACUACCAAGGACUCUCUGGAUCAAUCCAAAGACUGGGGCUAUGAUGUACUCUGGUGGGGAGGCAACGAGCAUUUGCAGCUGGGAACAGGAAAGCGAAGCAAUCAGUGCAAGCCUACCUACAUCAACGCACCCCCCGAAAACAAGAAAACCCAGGCCGAGGCUCGAUUACAGAUCAUGCCUCGUCACAAGGGCAAGGUCGGGAAUCGCAAUAAUGGCCACAAUUGCAAACAGACCAAACUCUUAUCACCGCAGAGACGCUUGGACCACAGCUUAUCCAAAAAAUUUCCAGCACUUCGAGUGCAUCUUCCCUCACGACACACCGCCAUAAUGCCCCGUGAACAACAAAAAAGAGGCCGCAGGGCCGAGAAGAAAGCCCAGAAAGAUGAUUCCAAGAGAAAGUUCGAGGAAACCUCCGAAGAUCCCGUCGCGAAGCGGAUGAAGCCCUCUGCCGACGACGCCGACGAGACCAAUGAGGCCAACGACGACAUCCAACUAAAUGAGGACUACAUUCCUCUUGAGCAGGGCGAACAGCAGGAAGGCGAGCAACCUGAUUUGGAUGGAGACAUGCCUUUCUAUGGUCUUCUAGAUGAGGAGGAGUCAGAAUAUUUCCAGCGCGCCAACGAAAUGCUGGAGCUGAACCAGUUCCAGGACGCCGAAGAGCGCAGCUUGUUUGUCGAUAGUGUGUACUCGGAAGCCAGUGGCAAGGAAUUGAAGAUUGCCUGCAGUCAGGGCUGUUCGAGACUCAUGGAGAAAUUGAUCUCAAUGUCAGACGCUCGACAACUGCGCCGGAUAUUCAGCAAAUUUAUCGGCCACUUCCUCCACCUAGUGCAGCAUCGGUUUGCUAGUCACUGUUGUGAGACGCUUUUCAUCCACGCUGCGCCUGCCGUGAUGCAAAAGACGAAAUCUCAGCCCAAAAAGUCGGACGAAGAAGGAGAGGAAGAGCCCGAACUGUCGCUCUCAGAAAUGUUCAUGGCUGUUAUUGAGGAAUUGAAGGAAAAUUGGGGAUACCUGCUGACGGAGCGAUUUGCGUCGCAUACAAUCCGAGUGCUACUGCUAGUUCUUGCAGGCGAGCCGGUGGAUGUCACGUCAAAUGAAUCGUUUGUCGCAAGUCGCAAGAAGGAAAGAAUUGAGAUCCCGACUAUCCAGGGUGAGGAGAAGGCGGGCAAAUCUAAAGCUGAGAAGCACACUGUUCCAGAGACAUUUGAGCCGGCACUCAAGAAGAUCAUGACUGAUAUGGUUGCCGGUCUCGACGAUGUUUAUCUCCGCGCCCUGGCGACGCAUCCAGUUGGAAACCCCGUGCUUCAGGUACUGUUGUUCCUGGAGCUUUCUCAUUUUGGAAAAUCUAGCGCCAAGGAUCCCAAGUCGACCAUCCGAAGACUGGUUCCUGAUGAGUCGUUCGAGGAAGAAUCCGAAAGCGCGGUUUUCAUUAGUGGUCUCCUAUAUGACCCAGUGGGUUCUCGUCUGUUAGAAACGAUGGUGCGAUAUCUCCCUGGUAAAUCAUUCAAAAACCUUUACAGGAACAACUUGGGUGCGCGAAUUGGUUCCCUCUCUCGCAAUAGCACUGCUGGAUAUGUGGUUCUUCGGUUGCUGGAAAGACUCGGCAAGGAUGACUUGAAGAUUGCCAUGACCAACAUUAUUCCCGAAGUUCCGGGCCUUAUUGAACGGUCGAGACUAAUUGUCCCCAAGAUGUUGGUCGAGCGGUGUGUGGUCCGUGGAGUCGACACAAAGCCUCUUGCAGAGGCACUUGAGGGUGCUUAUAGCCGGGAUCCUGUUAUUAGAUUGCAGCAGAUGCUCAGGUUCAACAUCUCGGAGAACGCAGCCCCGCAAUCUGAAGACCAUGAUAUGAACGAGGACAACGACGGAAAGGACCGCAGACCACGGGGCCCACCCCCGGUGUCUGCGGCCGAGAAAGCAGAGAAACUCCAUGCAUCUCUGCUAGUUCAGGCCAUGUUAACAGUUCCUGGCCCGAUGAGCCAACUUGUCUAUACGAGUCUCCUUGCCCAAUCAUCCGAGACGAUCGUACAACUUGCCCAAGAACCCACCUCUUCCCGUGUUCUUCAACAGGCUCUAACCUCCACCACCUCUACACCUCAAAUCCGGCGACAGCUCACCACCCGUUUCCAAGGUCAUCUCACACCCCUUGCCUUGAGCAGCAGCGGGUCGCACGUAGUGGAUGCGCUUUGGUCUGCGACCAAGGAUAUCUUCUUUGUCAAAGAGCGGAUGGCGCAAGAACUCGAGAAACAUGAACAGGAGCUCCGCGAUUCCUUUGUGGGUCGCGCAGUCUGGCGAAACUGGUCAAUGGAUCUCUUCAAGCGCCGCCGACGUGAUUGGACUCACAAGGCCAAGGGCUCUGAGGAGCGAAAUGAGGGCAGUGAAGGCGCCGAACGUCCCAAGUCCAAAAUUGAACAGGCCCGGGCCCGUUAUGCAGCAGCCAAGGAAGCGGCCGGUGCUGGUGCUACUGGUGCGAACCAGACUGCGGUGGCUAGCAGGUGA